AUGUCACAAGAGGUCAUGCUCCCGCAAGGCUGGGAAGCCCGAUGGGAUCCACAAUCAAAUGCUUACGUCUACGUCGAACAAUCCACCGGUAGAUCUCAAUGGGAAGCCCCAACCCAACCUUCCUACGGCUCAUCCAACCCUUCCGUCUCUCCUGCUCCUCAACCCUCUUCCACUCACCACCGACCAGGCCGUCGGCAGUAUCCCACCGCUCAGAUCCAACAGGUAUAUGGGGGAGGAGGAUAUGAUACUCAACCUCAACAGCCCAUAGCGGCACCUGGAUAUCCCGAUCAGCAACAGCAACAGCAACAACCUCAAUAUUUCACACCUGGAUUUGGUGGAGCUGAUCCCGCACAGCAACAACAGCCUGCUUAUGGAGCCUCACCGGCACCUGCUUACGGUGGUCCGGCACCUGUACCCGCGUAUGGUCAACAGCAACCUGGCUAUCCCGGUCAACAACCCGUCGACCAGAUGGCCAAUCAAUUCCAACAGAUGAACGUCGGUUAUGGAGGUGGAAAGCAACUUCACCAAAUCCAAACUGUCAACCUGAUCGGUAUGCAACCAGACGUAACAGGAUUAGAUGCACCACCACCACCUUACCUCCUUCCUCCCAACGCAGCUGUCACUGCCUCUCCACACAUCCAACCUGAUCCUUCCUAUCAACGAUGUACCUUAACGUCCAUGCCUACCACUCAAUCUCUUCUCAACAAAUCGAAAUUGCCCUUAGCUUUAGUCAUGGCACCCUAUCGAUCGUACAGGGGAGAAGUCGACGGUGACGAUCCCGUACCAGUUGUGGAAGACAGUGUUAUCGCAAGAUGUAGGAGAUGUAGAGCGUAUAUCAACCCGUUCGUCACGUUCAUCGAAGGUGGUAACAGGUGGAAAUGUUGCAUGUGUGGAUUGAGUAAUGAAGUACCUCAACUAUUCGACUGGAAUCAAGCCGAGAACAAACCUGCGGAUCGAUGGUCAAGGAAAGAACUUAACCAUUCAGUUGUCGAAUUCAUCGCCCCAACUGAAUACAUGGUCAGACCACCUCAACCACCCGUAUACGCAUUUGUCAUCGACGUAUCUCAACAAGCCAUCCAAUCGGGUAUGGUAGCCGUCGCAGCUCGAACGAUCUUGGAAAGUCUAGAUAAUAUCCCUAAUGCCGAUAAUCGAACCAAGGUAGCUAUCAUAGCUGUAUCAACUUCACUUCAUUUCUUCUCUUUACCUGCCGAUGCCACCGAGGCUUCCAUGUUGGUCGUAUCGGAUCUUUCAGAUGUCUUCUUACCUAAACCCGUCGAUUUACUUGUCAACUUGACAGAAUCUCGUCCAGCCAUCGAGUCGCUUUUGGGCAAGUUGAGCGACAUGUUCCAAGAUUCCCACACGGUCGGUAACGCCCUUGGAUCGGGUCUGCAAGCUGCUCAUCAACUUAUCGGCAAGAUCGGUGGUAAGAUCAUUGCUCUCACUGCGACUUUACCAACACUAGGUGAAGGAGCGCUGAAAGCUAGAGAUGACCCCAAAUUACUCGGUACAUCCAAAGAAUCAUCCUUGCUCAAUGCCGCCUCAAGCUUCUACAAGACUUUCGCAAUUGAAUGUUCAAAACAACAAGUCGCCGUUGACAUGUUCCUCUUCUCUACGAAUUAUACCGACGUAGCGACUCUGUCUUGUUUACCGAGAUACACAGCUGGUCAAACAUACUUGUACCCCGGAUUCAACGCCUCACGAUCAGAAGAUGCUAUCAAGUUCGCGACUGAGUUCGGUAAAGUCUUAGCUAUGCCUAUGGGUCUAGAAGCUGUGAUCAGAGUUAGAGCAACGAGAGGUAUAAGGAUGUCCGCUUUCCAUGGUAAUUUCUUCAUUCGAUCUACCGACUUGUUGGCUUUACCUGUUGUUCCCACCGAUCAAAAUUAUGUAAUUGAAUUACAGCUCGAAGAUGAUAUAAAGGGAUCAUUCGUGGUACUUCAAACUGCUAUCUUACAUACCACUUGUUACGGGGAGAGAAGAAUUAGAGUUAUCACUCAAGCUAUGCCUACGACAGAUUCGAUCUCGGAGUUAUACGGUUCAGCAGAUCAAGUUGCCAUCGCUACCUAUCUCACCAACAAGGCUGUGGAGAGAUCGAUGUCGCACUCUUUGGACGAUGCUAGAAAUACUAUCACGAAGAACCUCAGUGAUAUGUUGGCUGUAUACAAGAAUCAAGUUACCUCUUCAUCCGGUGGCGCAUCAGCUCAGUUGGCCGUACCGGAGAACCUCAAAUUGUUGCCAUUGUUAUGUUGUGGAUUAGUGAAACAUGUUGGUUUGAGGGAAGGUGCAUCUAUCCCACCCGAUCUUAGAGCAUAUGCUCAAUGUUUGUUAACCACUUUACCAUGCCAAUCGCUUGUUCCCUACAUACACCCGAGAUUCUACUCUCUACAUAACAUGCCUAACGAAGCUGGUAAUAUCAAUAGUGAGACUGGGCAGAUGGUACUUCCACCAGCACUUAACUUGACUUCAGAGAGAUUAGAAAGACAUGGAUUGUUCCUUAUUGAAGAUUCUCAGAAUAUGUUCAUAUGGGUAGGACACGAGGCUGUCCCACGUCUAAUUCAAGAUGUCUUCGGUUUGAAUGAUUACGGUGAACUUCAAGGUGGUAAAUCGACUUUACCCCUGUUGGAUAACCCAUUCUCUCAAAGGGUUAAUAAUAUCAUAGCGAAGACCAGAGAAUUAAGAAGAGGUGUAUAUAGACCUCAUGUCUAUGUGGUGAAAUCUGAUGCUGAACCUGCAUUGAGAUCGUGGGCUUUGAGUUUGUUGAUUGAAGAUAGGAUGGAUCAUAUGAGUAGUUAUGCUCAGUAUUUGACGACUGUUAAAAAUAAGGUGAGUCAUCUCAUUCGAUUAUUUGAAUUGAUGCGGUGA